UAACAGGAAGUAGCCGUUACCAUGGAAAUGCGAUGCUUCCAAACAGCUCCAUGCGCUGUUCGGCGACGGGACCCGGGAAUGUGACAGCGCUGUACAGUCGCAGCCAAUACAGUAAAUGAAAACACGACAAGAAACUCCAGACAAAAUCACAAUGGAGGAGACUCCAGUCAAAGUGGCUUUGAGGGUCCGACCUCUGCUGUCCAGGGAGAUCCUUCACAAUCACCAAGUGUGUGUCCGGCUCGUCCCAAACACCCAGCAGGUCAUCGUCGGGAAGGAUCGGGUUUUCACCUUUGACUUUGUGUUUGGCAAGAGCUCCUCCCAGGACGACGUCUACAGGUCGAGCAUCAAACCACUUCUGGGGUCAUUAAUGGAAGGGUACAACGCCACUGUGUUUGCCUACGGGCAGACCGGCUCCGGCAAGACUUACACUAUUGGAGGAGGAAAUGUCGCUUCCGUUGCAGAUGAGGAAAAGGGCAUCAUUCCCCGUGCCAUCCAGGAACUGUUCCAGUGCAUCGCAGAACGCCAUAAUGUUGAAUUCAGCGUUAGAGUGUCGUACAUUGAAGUGUACAAGGAGGAGCUGCUGGAUCUGCUGGAGCUGGAAACCAACAUGAAGGAUCUACACAUUAGGGAGGAUGAGAAAGGGAACACCGUCAUCGUUGGUGCCAAAGAAUGUCAAGUGGAAAAUGCUGAUGAAGUCAUGAGCUUAUUAGCAGCAGGCAGCGCAGCGCGCCAUACAGGCAGCACGCAAAUGAACGAGAGAUCCAGCCGCUCCCACGCCAUCUUCACCAUCACUAUAUGCCAACAAAGUUCUCAACACGGAGACGACGCUGGCACAAACUCCAUCCAGACAAUCACUUCCAAGUUUCACUUUGUUGAUCUGGCAGGCUCAGAAAGAGUGACCAAAACUGGGAACACUGGGGAAAGGUUUAAGGAAUCGAUCCAGAUAAAUAGUGGUUUACUUGCCCUUGGAAACGUGAUAAGUGCACUUGGUGACCCGAAAAGAAAAAGUGCACAUAUUCCUUAUAGGGAUGCCAAAAUCACUCGUAUACUAAAGGACUCCUUAGGUGGAAAUGCCAAAACAGUAAUGAUUACUUGUAUCAGCCCUUCGUCUUCUGACUUAGAUGAAUCACUAAACUCUCUGAAAUACGCCAACCGAGCCAGAAACAUUAAAAACAAACCAGUUGUAAAUUACAAUCCUGACUGGGAUAGGAUGGAUGAAAUGGAGCUGGAGAUCAAGGUUCUAAGAGAAGCUCUGCAAAACCAGCAGAGCAGUAGGGUCAGUCGUACCAGCCAGGUGUCCCAAGACUGGAGCCAAGGAAAAGACAAGAUUCGUUCACUAGAAGAAAAAGUCGCUCAACUCCAGCUGGAAUGUUUCAACCAACGGCAUUGCACCGAGGAAGCAUUCUCAUUGUUCCUUGAUCUAAAGGAUAUUUCUGGCUUACCCCAAUCUGAGAAGAACAGAGUGCAGGACUGGCUUCACUUGGCAGAGGGCCUGAGGAGUCCGGUGGCAGCAGAUGCCGAGGGCAGUAGCAGAGAAGAGCCACAUCAUGUCACCAUCUUGCAGCUGAAGAGGGAACUGAAGAAAUGUCAGGAUGCCCUAGCAACAGAUGAAGAGGUUUUCGCUAGGAAGAAGCUGGAACUGAAAGGGUUACAAGAGCAAAUUCAGUCGCUACAGCAAGAAACCGAAGAAUAUCAGAAGUGCCUGCAAGAGGCAGAAUAUACUAAGACUUUGCAGACUGAAAAACUGGUGGAACAGCAGCUCCUUAUUGAUGAAUUGAAGUCAAAGAAGCCGGAAAUCUACAGGCAGUUUUCGCAGGAAAAUGAAGAUGAAGAGGAACUUCCAAGGGAAAUAUCCCAAAGGCCACACACUGUGCCCCCCAGCACCCACACCCAGAAACUCUCGUCCAGUUCAUUGCAGGCUGCAGGGCAGGCAGAGCCAAGGAAGGUACGAACAAGCCCCCCUUCCUAUUCCCUAGAAAGAAUGGUAGCGGGAUUCCGGACUCGCAGCCAGAUGCUCCUGGAGCUCAUAGAGGAGCAGGAUGAAGUUCUGCAUGAGAAGUUCUCAGACCAAAGUGAAGAAGAACCUGAUGAGCCAGAGAAAGAAAACAGAAAGAAAUCACCAUUUAGGCGGUCUAUCAAUCGGACAUGGACACGACGACAAGGCUCUGCCGGUGCGGAAACACUUAACUCCAACUCAGACAGAGAGAAUGACGCAAACUCUAAUGCUUGUCCAGCUCUGGAAUCCCUGCGAGAAAGUCAGGUGCUGAAUGUGGAGAAACUGAAAACCUCAGACGUUCGCCUCGCUGAUGCCAAGCAGAAGAUGAGAGAAUUAACAAUAAACAUCAAAAUGAAGGAAGAACUCAUUAAAGAGCUGAUUAAAACAGGUAACGAUGCCCAAUCAGUGAACAGGCAGUAUUCCCUGAAGAUAGCCCAUCUGGAAGGAGAAGCAGAGCAGGCCAAGUCAGAGCUGUCUGAAGCACAAAGGCAACUGCAGGAGUUGGAGAACAAGGAAUUAAGGGACGUGGCGCACAAAACGAAACUGCAGAGAGAUUUCCGUAAGAAAAUGGAAGAAGCAAAAUUAAAAAUGCAGGCAGUGCAAACCAAACAACAGGACACCAGGAAGCUCGCCUCCCUCUCCGUCAGGAACGAAAAGCGCGUGAGAGAACUGGAAGUGAAUGUGGAGCAGAUGCGCCAACAGCAAGCCCAACUGCAGCGAAAGCUCAAAGCCGAAACUGAGAUGAAGCGCAAAUUAGAGGGCACCAUUCAAAAGGAGCAAGAACGGAUCAAAGAGCUGCAGCUCAAGACCGAGCAGCAGAACAAGAUAUUGAGGAUGAAAAAUGAAGAGAUUGCUGCAAUUAGAAGACGAAAGAGCAUUCCCAGUGUCUCUGAUAACCUCCAACUUAAACUGGAAGAACAGACCAAGUGGCUUGAUGAAGAGGUUGAAAAGGUACUGAAAGAAAGGCAAGCACUCGCCGAGCUGGAAGAGGAUUUAAGGAAAAGGGAAGAAAGCGUCACAAAGAUGGAGGCGCUCUUGCAAGAAAAAAGCCACCUGGAGAUGAAGAAGCUUCGAUCGAGCCAGGCUAUAACCAGUGACGUGCUAAAGCUGUCCAAUCGCUUGAAUGUUGUGGAGAAUGAGCUCAUGGAUAAAAGCCAAUUCCUGCAGAACGACGCUAGUGAUGAGCACAGGAAGGCAUCUGAGGAGGUCAAAGAGCUGCAGAAGGAACGGGACGGUCUACUAAAGAGAAGAGAUAGCCUGGACGAGAAGCUGAGAAAUGGCAGCGUUCUCUCCCCAGAGGAAGAGCACACACUGUUCCAGCUGGAGGAGGGGAUAGAAGCCUUGGAAGCUGCGAUUGAAUAUAAGAACGAAUACAUUCAGAACAGACAGAAGGUUCUGAAAGACUCCUCUCAGAUUCUCACCCAAAGUGAAGCCAACAUCAUUGAAAAGUUUAGCUCUCUCUCGCCUUCAGAAACCCAAUCCAUCCUUGUCCGAUACUUCAACAAGGUCGUGAGUCUUCGUGAAGCAGAGCGGAAACUGCAGCUGCAUUCGGCGGAACUGGCCAUGAAAGUGACAGAGAAAGAGAACAUGUUACGAGAGCUGGAAUCCUCCCUGGAACAUCUCAUGCUUCAGAAUGAUCGAAGGCUGACCCAACAGCAGAAGGAGCACGAGCAAAAGCUACAGCUCCUCUUACAGCACUUUAAGGAUAACGACAAUGAAGCAGUUCCAGAAAGCAUCAAGGCUUACGAGGCAAAGGUGGCCGAGCUGGAGAAGGAGCUGUUCUUUUAUAAGAAAACCAGCCGGGAGCUGAAAAAGAGGCUAAAAGAGCUGCUUGGGGAACCCAAAGUGGCGGUUUUGAAAAGCAAUAACACUGCUGGAGUCUUGGAUGAACCGGGUUCCCCGGCAGCCAAAGAAUUGAAGUGGACCCCCCAGCUGGAAAGCAACAAAGCUGCCGGAAAAGCAAGAGAGUCCCAACAUCCCGACCUUCAGCGCAAUCCUUACAGAGCCGCAGGGGAUAUUCCCGAAGGUGACCCUACCUCCAGCUUCCCCAGGCUUCCCUCUAGAAGCCAUAUCUCCAGAAGGGCCAGCUCAGAAGACGAGGAGCCGGGACAUAUUCCCACCCAGUCCAUAUCAAAGAUGGAACCGAGCAAAAGUCUUUGUGUCACUCCGGUGAAAAUAUCCCGAAGGGAACUGCGGCAGAUCUCUGCGUCCCACCUAUCGACCCGCCGCUCCAGCCUCACCAGCACCCCCGCCGACUCCAUUGAAGUAGCAAGGACUGGAAAAGACUUUAAAGCUCAGUAAGAUUUCAUUACUGAUAAGACUGGCACUUACAGAUGGUUAAACAUAUAUAUAUUCCUAUAUAAACCCAGAUUAGCAAACCGCACUGGGGACUUGCCAUGUGCUACCUACUAACUGUUUCCAAGACUCUGACUUCUGUACUUCGCAUUUAAAGAACUAACAGACUAACGUUGCCUUGAUAUUUAAUAUCCUUGGUAAAGACUGGCCCUGAAAUCACCGUAUGCUCUUAUGCCCACCCCCAUACAUUUCCCAUUGGUGUUAGAGGAGAAAACUGAUGAUCUUAAAGGAACAGUAACACCAAAAAGAGGAAAGGGUAUCAAAGUAAUUACAGUAUAAUGUACUGCUGCC